AUGAUUCCCCCAAUUUUUGCAACAUUUUCAUGCACAGUGAAACCAAAUCCGCGCAGAACAUUUGAUCCUCAUAACUUAGCCAAAGUCAUGCAACAGCCUCGAAGGUUGAACAUGCAGCAUGCCUCGCUGCUGCUGCAUAGAUCCCCACGACUACACCCUCAUCGUAGCGUGUCUUCUGCAACGGCUUCGUCGAUUAGUACCAUGAAAAAACAAGUUGGAACCACCAUCACCAUCGGACGCAAGACCACUGAUUCACCAGAAUUGCUUCCUGAACCAACAAUUGACUACAUCAGCGUACCUGAAACCGAGGUACCAAAGCCAGACCGCCAGAUUGAACCGGUAGUUGUAACCGUGUGGUACCAUGAAGCUAGCACAUCUGUUGAAGAUGUCAUUUUCGAUUGUUCUUCCAUACCUGGGUUCAAUCCCGGAGAUAUAUGUCGCCUCGAGCCCAUUGGUCGACAUAAGAAGCCCCAGCGACGGCUUGUGUUCACAAUUCCUCGAACGUCACUGUCCGCAAAAGAGUCCAAGCCGAAUACAUCGCUGACACAAAAUGCACCAUUUACCAAAAAACCACCAUCUCAAAUAUCGCUCCUUUCAAACCCAUUGCAGAAACUCUUGGAUCUUCCUCCUCGGGCACUCAUGCAAAUCUGCAAGCUCUCAGAUACCUCGGGUGUGGUUGCGGAGACGGUUGAGGUGUACCUCAAAGACAUCAAUCUCUCACGAGACUCAAUGUGGAACCUCUCAGCAACGUUGGUGAACACUUGUGUGUUUGUAGACAAAAGACUUUCUUACUUGGAAACGAGAUGUGGAACCAUUCGAGCCAUUUACAGAAACGGAAAGAAACAGGCAUCUGGUUAUAUCAACGAUCAAACCCGGAUAGUGUUCCGUUCUGAAGGUGCCCACAUGACAUUUUUGGUUCAGAUCUCGAGGGAGAUGUGGCACUUUGAGGAAAAUGGCGAAAUCAUGUUUCACAAAUUGGUCAAUUCACUUUUCCCCAAACUAUUUCGCAAAUGGAGAUCCAAUGCUGAUCACCAUUCCAUCUCAAUUGUAUUGUUCACCAGUGUGGAUCUCACAAAUAUUCCCUGGGUAUCCUUGGGACAAGGAGAACGGCCCAGUGACCGCAGAGACUAUUUUCGGGUGGUGGUGGAUACCGUCAACGUCAAUCAAUGGGACAGAAUAAUGGGAAAUUUGAGAAUUGAAUUUGCAAAUUUUAAAAGAGAUAUUAUGCUCCACAAGACUGAAGACAGCAGAAAGUAUAUCAUGGAGGGCCAGUCCCUCCCAGCGGUAAAGGGAAAUGUUCUCGAGGCUAUUAAUUUGGGAAUAGUUCACAUCUCUGACAGGUUUAGAGAUACGGAUUUGAAACACACCAACAACAACUUGAUACUUAUAACCCCAGGAACUGGAGUGUUUGACGUUGAAUACGAUUUGCUUUUACAAACAAGCAGAAAAAUGAUGAAUUUGGACUGUGCUCUCGACAUAGUUAGUCUCAGCCAGCCGCCUUUGCAUAUAGUUCCACUUUUCAGGUUUAAAAACCCAAACAAAGACGGCUCUGUUUCUCAAUGUGUUCCCCAUUGGUGUGAUAUUUCCUUCUUUGGAGAGUCGUCUGACUUUACCAAUCAUUGGAUUCCUCGGUGCAAGAUAUACGAACUUCAGAUGAUGGGAGUUAUGGAAAACGAAGUCAAUGAUGCCAAGGUGCCUCGUCUCAGUGUGGAAAGAGAUAUACGUUCCAUUAGCGAGGCUAUGGAUAGGUACGAUUUGGGAGUCUUUAAGACAAAUGUUACCAAAGAUGAAACUUCCAAGGAAGAAACUCCUUCAUUAAAAUUACCCAGACCGGUAGAUGCCAAUGCUACGCUUUCUCUCAUAGGCAGCAAAUCGGUGGCUUUGGGCACGAGAGCUUCUACGGCCAAAUUCGAUGCCACAACCACCAAUUCUAGCGUUUUGGGUACCGUCGCACAGGGCGGUGUUGAAGCUUCGGCGCUUAAUUCCUUGUACUAUUUGAAUCGGGUUCCCGAUUUGAAACACCCGUUGAAACAAGCACCUUCUGUUCGUUCGAUGAAAAGCGUUUCCAGCAAAUUGAACUUGGAACCUGUCAAAAAUUUGGCUGCGAAAAACGAAAAAAGUCAGCACAUUAUACCUUCACGACCCAAAAAGACUGCAAAUGAUGUAGAAAGCCGUCAGUCGUCUCCACACGAGAGUCUGCUCCGAUCUUCGUUAGAGUUCAAGGGCAAAGAAUUGGCCCAGUGGAGAGACUCUGGUGAAAAAUUCGAGGCAACGGAAAAUGCGUCGGGUCGAAACCAACCAUAUUUGUCCAGAAUGGAACGAUUGGACUACUGGACAGAGAUCAAGAACCCGUCACAAGAGCUGCAUUUUGACAUUGUUGAGUUUUUACGUCAAAGUCGCUGGAAAAACGUUUUUCCUCACGGUGUCAAACGAAGACAAAUCAACUGGAAAUCUCUACAAGCGCCUGCUCUGCUUCCAUUAACCACCGAUUCUUUUCCCACCACCUCACAGCUUGAAGAAGAGUACACCUUCCAGCUCUAUACUGUUUUACUCAACUGGGAAAAUCUGAACCACAUCGACUCCAAUUACCUCUUGAUGCACGAAAUGAUAAAUUUAAGGUUACGCUUAGGAUUCCAGAUAUGUUACGGAGACCAUGUGCAGCAAGUAGAGACGGCCAGAGGUGGAAAUCCCGACAAAAUUCUCAAAUAUUACCCUCAAGGAAACUGUAUCGACACCAGAAUAUAUCUCCAGUUGGACGACCAAAUCCACCGGAUUCUCUGCGAUGUCAAUGGGCAUUUACACAUUCAUUUGUACCACAAACGAAAGAAUGAAACCAAUCAUAUAAGGCUAGGAUAUCACGACUUUCGAGCUCAAGACUAUAAGCCAUUAAUUAGGACCAGAUACGCUGACGAUUUCUCACCUUCAUUGGUCAAUUUCAUCAACACCGAACCACCAAGUUUUAAUUGGAACCAAUUUGACCAGCUUCUUGCGGGGUACGACGAUGCUAUGCCUCAAGAAAUGAAGCGAUUCCACAGGAUGAAGUUUGUGGUAAUGCCGUCAGACAUUCCCAAAAAUGCUUACUAUAUCUCAAAUGAAAAAUUAACCGAAGAAGAGAUCCGAGUCGAAGGGCUUCGGAAACUCAUAGCGCUUAUUGAAAAAGGACGAGUUAUCGAUUCAGCAGACAAACAGCCUCGUGGGAAGGAAGAAAUUUUACCAGAGAUCAAUUUUUACACGGGAAAUUUGUACGAUUAUCUCAGUGGACAUAUAGAACUCAAUGAGUAUAGCGGAGCCAGGAAAUUGGUGGUGAAAGGCUUGAAUAAGUCCACUGAUCUCGUCUACCUUGCAGAGCUUUUACAGGGAAGCAAUGGGCUUAAUUUGGUGGAUCGAACAUGGCACUUUACUACACAUCCAUACUGUUUUUUGGGAAGUCAACUUGUUUCGUGGUUGAUCGAAAAUUUGGACGAUAUCGAUAGUAGAGAAGAAGGUACCAAAUUUGGGCAGGAAAUGAUGAAAAAUGGGGUGUUCAAGCAUGUGCAAAACAGGCACAGUUUCUUAGAUGGAUACUAUUUCUACGAGUUUGAGGAUGGGUACGUAGACCAUUCUUCAAGAGCCGCCAGCAGCAACAAGUCGUGGUUUAAAAAGAAGCCUUCUACACCCACCGAGUCCAGAAAAAGUUCAGUUUCUGCCGACCCAAAGUCACCUCAUACAAAUUCCGGACAGGAAAACAGUAGUGAAAAACCACCUACCACAAAGUUCGUUUUGAGUCGAUGUGUGGACUUCAAUGUGGAUCCUCUCAACCGUUCUUUCAGACCAGAAAUUAUCAAAGUUCACUACGAUAGAGUCCACAAUCCAGAGCACUGCUACCAUAUAAGAUUGCAAUGGCUAAACACCACAGCCAGGCUCAUUGACGAUACUAUUACUAACUGGUCAAGACUCUGUGAGCGCCAUGGACUCAAAUUGGUGGAGCUUCCGUGGAAAGAAAUUCGAACCUUUCCCAAAGUUGCACCACUUCACUCUUUCGUGGACCUCAGAUUGGCUAUAAAUCCAUGGACAGAACAAGAGUUUUCCCACGAACAUAUACUCCAGAACAACAAGUUUUACUACCAUGUGUUUCUCCUCAAGAAAUGUGACUUUUUCCUCGACAACCGGUCGGCUUUAUUCUUUCUGAAAGAGCAGGUAGAAAUCACGUACAGUUGGGGAAACCCAUCUUUCAAGUAUGCUCAGUAUGUUCAUAAGACAGGAUCUUAUAUUGUUGAGCUCCGAGACAACGGAGACUUGUUCUUGGCACCAAACAAUAUCCACUUGGCGAGAUUGAACUCCAUACUGAGUACCAUGCCCGAUUCUGAUGCGCACAUAAAAUAUCAGACUCUAGAUGCCCAGAAAGUGAUGAUGACGUUUCGUGCUACAUGUACCAACAGUAACAGACUUCGAAUGAUAUUCAAAGAGGCGCUCACUGCGUGGAACGAGGAAUACUCAGCGGGAACGUUGCCCGUAGAUAUUUAG